GAAUUGAUUUCGCAACACCAUACACGAUAAUAAAUCGUGAUUCGGCUGGUGAGAAAGUACGAAAGAAAAGGAUACAAACAUUAAAAUGGGGACACCUCUAAAGACAUACGGGAAGAAGCCCGAUGUCUUCCAUUUUGAAGAAGGAGGAGAGCAAUAUAUGAUUGGUUCUGAAGUUGGUAAUUUCCUAAGGCUUUUCAGAGGAUCAUUGUACAAAAAAUACCCAUCACUAUGGAGGAAAAUGGCAAGCAUGGAGGAGAGGAAAAUGAUUGUCGAACAGGGAGAAAGAUUUGGCCAACAUGGACUUGCUACAAACGUGACCCUGCUGAGGGCAAGGGAAGUUGAAGAAAUCCUGGAAGGCAAUGAAGAGAAAUACAGGUCCGUAUCCAUCACCACAGACAGUGCAGUGGCAAGGGAUCCUAAACCCAAACGCAGUCGUGAUUGGGUACCUGCCAUUCCUAACAGCUCACACCAUCUAGAUGCAGUACCGUGCUCCACUCCCAUAUCAAGGACCAAGAUAGGACCAAAGAAACAGAGGACAUUCCCAAUGUGUUAUGAUGAUCAUGAUCCUGCUAUUAUCCAUGACAAUGCUACUCAACCUGAUGUCCUUGUUCCUAUAAGAUUGGAUAUGGAGAUAGAUGGGCAGAAGCUUAGAGACACGUUCACCUGGAAUAAAAAUGAACAACUCAUAACCCCUGAGAUGUUUGCUGAAAUCCUGUGCGAUGACCUUGACCUGCCACCUACGACCUUCAUACAACCAAUCUCUCAGGCAAUCAAGACCCAGAUAGAGGCUUAUCCUACAGAUACAAGUAUACUAGAUGCACAUGAUCAGAGAGUCAUUCUAAAGCUGAACAUACAUGUUGGAAACAUCUCCUUGGUGGACCAAUUUGAAUGGGACAUGGCAGAAAAAGACAACAGUCCUGAGGAGUUUGCUCUCAAAUUGUGUGCUGAUCUUGGUUUAGGUGGGGAGUUUGUGACCUCCAUUGCAUACAGUAUCAGAGGACAACUCAGCUGGCAUCAACGAACAUACGCUUUCAGUGAAUCACCGUUGCCUACAGUAGAGAUAUCUGUACCUAAUCAAGGAGAAGCAGACAAUUGGUGUCCUUUCCUAGAAACCCUUUGAGUUUUUGUCUCUUAUUGAAUCAGUGUUGCCAAAAGUAGAGAUAUCUAUGUAAUCAAGGCAUAGUUGAUAGCUUAUGUUCAUUUCUAGAAACCCUUACUGACUUAUGUUUGUGUUUUUGUUUCUGUCAGUGAAUCACCGUUGCCUACAGUAGAGAUAUCUGUACCUAAUCAAGGAGAAGCAGACAAUUGGUGUCCUUUCCUAGAAACCCUUAUUUGAUUUAUAUUGGAGUUUUUGUCUCUUAUUGAAUCACUGUUGACUACAGUAGAGAUAUCUACAUUAUCAAGGAGUAGUUGAUAGCCUGUGUCCAUUCCCAGCAACCCUCACUGACUUAUGUUUGUGUUUUUGUUUCUGUCAGUGAAUCACCAUUGCCUACAGUAGAGAUAUCAGUACGUAAUCAAGGAGAAGCAGACAGUUGG